GGUCGCACCCCGACACAAAAAAAAAUUGCCCCCCACCGAGUCUCUUCCGCCGGAAACAGGGUCGCCGCCUAACUCCUUCCUCCGUCGCCGACGAAGCUGCUGCCUCCGCCGCCGAGAGGAGCUCCGAGAUCGUCCCCGACCUCGCGUCCCCGCCUCUGUGCUGCCGCCGUCGGCCCCUGCAUCCUCCCCUCUGGCGGCUCCAACCCGUGCCAUCCCGGCCGUCACCCUGUCUGUGACGACCUCCGCAUCCUCCCGUGCAGCGGCUCCGACCCGUGCUGCCGACACCAACCUCCCCUCAAGCGGCAAGUGCCUAUAAAUUUGGGUGAGAAUGGCAGGACAAUCGCCAAAUCAAGUAUCAUCAGCUGAAGCUAUCUUGGUGGGAGCCUUGUCCUCUGGUGUUAAUGCUCCCACGUGGAUCGUGCUCCAGAUCACAUUUUUGCUACUGGCGUUCUGCUUCACCGCGAUGCUUUACCUAGCCUUUUUUUCAAGCGACUUUGUGAUCGUCGGGCACGUCCUUCUGCUCAUAACCAUCGGCGCGGUUCUAUUCGUGCUCCUCAACAGGUUCCUCGCAGAGACCGGCUUCGUCCCAGUCGAACAGCAGAUGCAGGAGAUGGGGAUCCACAAACCAGAAGCCGCAGAGAAAGACAAGAGCAACUAAGCCACUCGGGCCCGACUUUUUUACAUUACAUUAUGAUGAUGAAACAGAGUGCGCCACGAUGUACGCAACGACUCCACACAUAGAUACACGCUAACUGCACAUGUACACAUCUGUUAAGCCCGGCGACACUUUGGAGCGGGGCAGCUUCUUCAGCCAUGCCCUCGGCCGCGUCGUCAGUCCUUCGCUUUGCCGCUCUUCUUCUUCUUGACGUAGCAGAAGCACGAGCAGCAGGGGAACUGGAACAGGAACUUCAUUGAACUGUGACGGGACUUGCCGAUGCUGCUGUUUGUUUUGUGCGUUGGUGUGUUGCUGAAGGCGGGUCUGCAUCCGGCCGAUAGAUAUACUGGUGUUUGUUGUGUGCGUUGAUUCCUUGCUUGGCUGGUGAUGUUAUCACAGGACGGUGGAGAUAUGUGGUGCUUUCUUCUCUGUGGGGUGGUUUGUGCGAUUAGUUCCAUUGUGUUGUUCUGCGCAGAAGAACUUGUCGGCAAGUAACCGUGACGAUCGUUUCAUCUGCUUC